UGUAAUCUCUAUUAAUCCUUUGAAUAUUCAUAUAUUAAAAAUAUUUUUCGUGCAUCCUUCAAAGGUACUUAGCUGCAGUUACCCCGCUGUAAGCAUCUAUGUCGCCGGUACAGUCAUCAGGUAACAACUCCAUGGACAUUCCGACUUCGGUAUGGAAAUCCCGAAUGAAGGGGGGAAGGAUCGUAGAAGAUGGAGAAGUAGGAUUACAUUAAAUACCCUGAUGUACAGUCUCUUUUUGAGAUAAAACCUCAUUCAAUAUCCUUCCGUUGAUUGGUUUCAAUAUUGAAAUACCUAUAGCUAGGUAUCUAUCGACAUGUCUCAAGCAGAUCCUAAAAAAGUCAUCAUCAUCGGCUGCGGUAUUGCAGGUCCGGUGAUCGCAAUUCUACUCCAGAAAAAGGGAUACAUUCCCAUUAUCGUAGAAAAAGUCAGAGUACUAGGUGAUGCAGGUGGAUCGCUGUUUCUACAACCAAAUGGGUAUGUUAUGUCAAUCACACAACUAUACUAUGUAAGUAGGUACUCGAAUUGAAAUGGCUGAUCAGGCGAUAGUUUGAAAGUACUUAAUUUGGUCGGUCUUGCUACAGCUGUGACGGCUAAUGCGCCGUGGGGAGAACAGGUCUGGGAUAAGACGCAUACUGGGGAAGUUCUUGGGGGUGGAGAUUCGCUGGCGUUGCUGAAGGAAACCUAUGGUCAACCUGCUUGUGGAACUAAAAGAACUACAUUUAAUUUAGCUCUUGAGAAGGCUGUCUUGGAUGCGGGUAUCGAGUUUCAUCCCGGCUGGAAAUUGGCCAGUAUUGAAGAAAGCGAGAAGGGUGUGGUAGCGAUAUCAGAAGCCGGUCAGAGAAUCGAAGCCUCGUUUCUGAUUGGUUGUGAUGGUAUUAAAGCUGCCUCGAGAGAUAUCUUGCUUAGACGUAAAGGGUACAAUGAACCCGAAGCUUCGUAUACAGGAUUAAUACAGGUAUUCUUAACCCUCAACCAUUAAAACUAAUGAUACUAACUUUACUCAGACGGUAGGAUUUUCACCCACGCCGAAAUCUCUCCAGAACACAUUAUUGAAUGUUUUCGGUCCUGCUGCGCAUUUCAUUCACUAUCCAAUCUCUCCCACUCAUUCAUCAUGGGCAAUCACACAACGACAAAGCGAAGAAGAACAAGAGACAUGGCGUCUAGCAACACCAGAAGAGCUUGAAACUGAAAAAGCGAAUCUCCAAGAACAAUUCAAAGAUUGGGCUUCGCCAAUACCAGAAAUUAUUAGUAGUGCCGGAAGAUUGCUCAAGUAUGGCAUCUUCGAUAGACCGGGCUUGAAUGCCGAACAGUGGUAUGAUGGGAGAUGUAUUCUUAUUGGUGAUGCUGCACAUCCUACAAGUCCACAUUUGGGCCAAGGUGCUAAUCAAGCUAUGUAUGUUGAUACCAUUGAUUGCACCAACACAUUCAUCAAAUUAACGUCUUUGUAGGGAAGAUUGCUAUCACCUCCAACGAAUUCUUCCUGACGCCGGCGCGCAUAUCUCAACAGAAGACCUAACUAAAAUCUUCGCCGAAUUCGCAGGUUUAAGACAACCUAAGACAGCAUCGCUAGUAGCAGCUGCUCGAGCACAAGGAGAAAGAAGAGUUGUGGCGCUGGAAAAAAUGGAGGAGAGAAAUGAGUAUUUGAGACAGGUUUGGAGGAAUGUAGAUGUGUUCCAUAAAGCUUAUGAUGAGAUGAUGAGAGGACCGUUUAAUGCAAUGGCUUAGAGAUGUAGGUAAUUUUACUAUAGCGCGUGCACGUUCGAACGGACAAGUGAGAUUGCUUGGAGCGUCUUUAAUAAUAUUAUUUUUUCUUUGAUACUGGUGAUA